AUGGAGCUCUCCAGGGAUGGGGCACCCAGAAGCCACUACCAAGAUGGUUGCGACGGAAAGCUUCCGCCCACAGAGGGGCGUGGUCUUGAGGGUCCAGCCAAUAAGCGUGCGCGCUUGGCUGUGGCCAAUGGGAGGAUAGCGCGGGCUCGGGCGCCGCGCGCCGUGGUCUGGGGCUGCAGGCGUCGGGUCAUGUCGGACUCCGGUGCUCCUUGCGCCGCCUUGGACGCGAGUCCGCAGGCUCCCCGGAAAUCCUGGUCCGAGCUACUGGCCGGAAGGGCUAAAAGGCAAAAAGCCAAUCCUGAAAGGGAGCAGAAGUUCCAGGAAGCCGCAGUGAAUCUGCUGAGAAGCCAUCAAAACCUGGAUGACCUUAUGCUUGAGGUAGAAGGUCCACAGUAUAAAAAAUUGUGUCUCAGCAAAUUGAUUGAUCCUGACAGCCCUGAGUCCAACCCUAACCCUUGUAAUUCAUUUAUAGCCUCUGCUUUGCAGGAUCAAGCUUUGAGACUGGGGGUUCCGACAGGAAUCUUGUCAGCCAAGAUGGCUGCCUCUGGCAUUGGAGACAUAUGUGAGGCCACGGGACCAUCCAGUCCCACUGUGCUGCUCAACUCACAGCAAAAGGAGAAAUUGUCUUCCCUGAUGGAGAUUGUUCAGUAUUUACUGGCAAACAGGAUGUUCUGCCGCCUCUCCUUCUGUCAGGAAUUGUGGAAAGUGCAGAAUUCUUUGGUGCUUGAAGCUGUUUGGCAACUUCAUAUACAAAAUAUCGUGAGCCUACAAGAGCUCUUGGAAAGGCACUCGGACAUGCAGGCUCUGGUAGUCUGGCUGUGCAGAAGCCUGGGUCUUCUGUGUGAGCAGGUAGAAGCACCAAGCCCAUCCGCCGAUAUUGCCAAGGCUGUACUUGCUGAUUUUGUGCGGAUGUUUCUUAUGAGUGGAUUUCAGGAAAGCUCAGAUUUGAGAAGAAAUGCGGAGCAGGAAAAGCUGCCCCAGGUUGCCGCUGCUGUCCUGCAGAGCCUGCUGAACACUGCCCUCGAGGCUCUGGAUGCUGGUGAGCAGGAGGCUUCCGAGGUGCCCGGGCCUGCGCGUUGCUGGCUCAGCAUGUUUAGUGGACACAUGUACUACGAUGCUAUUACAACAGAGGCUCCGAAGAGGUUUCUUACCCACACCCUGAUGCAGAUACUCACCCAUAAUCCUGUGCUGAAAGUGUCCGAUGCCGUCCAGAUGCAGAGACAGUGGAGCUUUGCGAAGACCCCCUCGCUCCUCACCAGCCUGUACCGUAGGCUCUUUGUGGUGCUGAGUCCUGAGGAGCUCCUCAGCAGCUUGCAGGAGGUUCUGGACCUGCACGAGGUCAACUGGCGGCACGUGCUUUCCUGUGUAUCCACCCUGGCCGUCUGCCUCCCGGACGCACAGAGGCUGAUUGGAGACUGGGUAGCCCGCCUGGUGGCUCAUGCAUUUGAGAGCUUCGACCUGGAGAGCUUGGUUCCCGCCUUCCUGAUUGUGCGCCAGGCUGCGCUGGAGGGCCCCACUGUGUUCCCACCGUAUGCAGACUGGUUUAAGGCCUCCUUUGGUAGUGCCCGUGGCCCCCACAGCCGCAGCAAGAAGUCUCUGCUGUUCCUCUUCACGUUCCUGUCGGAUCUCGUGCCUUUUGAGGACCCCCAGUACCUGAAGGUCCAUGUUCUCCACCCGCCUCUGGUCCCAGAGCGACUGCGUCCACUGCUCGCUGACUACGUCACGCUGGCCCGGACACGACUGGCUGACCUCAAGGUUUCCAUAGAAGACAUGGGGCUGUAUGAGGACCUGUCAGCAGCAGGAACCUCACAGCCCCACAGCCAGGCGCUGCAGGACGUGGAGAAGGCUCUCGAGGUAUUCACACACACAGGAAGGAUCCCAUCCACCGUGAUGGAGGCCAGCAUAUUCAGGAGACCCUACUACCUGAGCCGCUUCCUCCCCGCCCUGCUCACACCGCGUGUGCUGCCCAAGAUCCCUGACCCCCGUGUGACCUUCAUCGAGUCCCUGAAGAGAGCGGAUAAAAUUCCUCUGUCAGUGUAUUCGGACUACCGCCAAGCCUGCUCUGCUGCUGAAGAGAAGAAACCAGAAAGCGCUGUGGAGAAAGCUGAGCCUGGAUAUGCCGAUGGAGCCCUGGGCGCACUCAAGGCUGCGCUGCAUGCACUCAGAGCCUCGAUGGUGGACCCUACACAGCACGAUGUUGUGUCUGCCCACAUCGCCAUCAUCACAGAGAGGCUGCACGCUGUCCUGGGCCACGGUGAGGAUGGUGUGAAGGUGGCAAAGAUCCAGCUUGAUGUUCUCACUCCAGAGCUCGACCAGCCAGAGCAGGAGGUCGUGGACCUCUUGCUCACCUGCUUCUGCCAGAGCCUCAUGGCCGCCUCCAGCUUUACCCCACCACAGAGGCAGGGCCCCUGGGCUGAACUCUUUGUGAGGAUGCUGUGUGGACACAUGCUCCUACCUGCAGUGCUGACACGCCUGUGCCAACUGCUGCUCCACCAAGGACCUCACCUGAGCGCCCCCCAUGUGGUGGGGCUAGCUGCACUGGUCAUUCACUUGGGUGCGUCAGGGCUGGUGCUACCACAUGUGGACCUGGGCCCACCCACCUCCACUCAAGGCCUCUCUCUGGUCGCCUUCCUGGACACCCUUUUGCCCUGCAGGACCCGCAAGUCCCUGCUCUUCUGUGCAAGGUUUUGUACAGCAGCCAUUUCUUACGCCUUGUGCAAGUCUCCCCCAGAGUCCUGUGCCGCUGCACCCAGCUGUUGCUCUCCAGGCCUCAUGAAGAAGUUCCAGUUUGUUGUGUUGAGACUGUUCUCUGAAGCCCGUGAGCCCUGCUGUGUAGAUGUUGUAGGGGACAUUCCCUGGAGGCCCCUCUGCCUGCUCCCCGAAGACUGGAAGAGGGCCACUCUCUGUCUGUGGAGACACGGGACGUUCCAGGAACUGAUGAAGGAGGAGGGGUUUCAGUUAACUUACAGAGACUGGCUGCAGUUGGAACUUGGCAUUCAGCCUGAAGCUGAUAUUCUUUCAGAUGCAGAGAGGAGAGACUUCCACCAAUGGGCGAUUCACCAGCAAUUCUUGCCCAAGCCCACAGCCACAGGGGGCUGUGGUGGAGACCUGAAGGCAGCCUGCAUUGUCCUCACCGAAGAGCUGAUAGACUUCUGCCAGAGCUCACAGAGCAGUAACCACCUGGAGAAUUCUGACGUGGUCCCUGGAGGCUGCACGUUAAACCGGGAUAUUCUUUCCAGAUUGCAGGAAAUGGUUACGGAGCUGGAGCUGGAGCAGGCCAGGAGGGCCACUGCUGUUCAGGGACACUUCCUCUUUGCGAUUUUCCACAGGCGGCUGCAGGCACUGGGAGGCCUGUCCACAGUGGCUGCUGGCCUGCUAAGACAGCGGGAGCUGCUCCUACAAAGAUGGAUCCUCUUGAAUCUGCCUCCUACCCUGCUCUUUGCCAGCCUCCAGGGGCAACCAGCAGCCGUGGACUGCCAUGAGUUCUUGCACUUUGUCAACUCGGAGCUGAGAAACUUGUGCUACCACGGAGUUGCCCUGACCCAUGACAUCACUGCCCACUUCUUUCGGGGGCUCCUGAGCACCUGUUUACUGGACCAAGACCCCUCCUUGCUGGUCAACCUGACUCUUGCUGCCUGCCAGACUGAGUGCCCAAUAAUGCUGACUUCUGCCUUGCUGUGGUGGCCAUGCCUGGAGCCAGUGCUCACGUGCCAGUGGAGGCGGCAUGUGCAGAGCCCACUGCCCGGAGCACUGCAGCAGCUGGCUGAGGCCCGGGACCUGGCCAGGAGUGUCCUUUCCUUCGACACGGCACCCCCUGUCCCAUCUACCCGACCUGCCUGGCUCUCUGCCGUCUCCCUGCACUUCACCCUCCAGCAGGCUCUGAAGGAGCAGGGCACCUGGGAGCUGAAGAGGCUGGACUGUCAGCGAGAAGAGGUGGUGCUCUUCCUCCUCUUCUUCUCCAUGAUGGGCUUUCUCUCAGCACAACUAGCACCGAAUGAAGCUGUUGACGCUACCAAGACACUGGAUGUUUGCACCGAGAUCCUUGCGUGUCUGCAGAGGAGACAGGUGUCCUGGUUGAUCCUCUUCCAGCUGACAGAGAACGGGGCUGAACUGGGCCAGCUGCUGCUCCGCAUGACCUCUGACCAGCACAUCAGGCUGUUGCCGCUUGCCUUCUUCAGCCUGCUCCCCCACCUCGACCCUGACACCAUCAUCAGGGAGGAUGCCUUCCUGCGCAUUGCCAUUGACAUGUACCUGAAGCUGGUCCGGCUGUUUGUGGCUGGGGAGACGGAUGUCCUCCGAACUCGGAGCCAGCAGUACCAGAACCAGGACGACCCACUGGGGCUGAUCUCAAAGGCUCGUCUCUUUCUGCUGCGGUUCAUACCUCGAUGCCCAGAAAGGAGCUUCUUAGAUGUGACGGAGCUGCUGGCUGCCAGCGAAGACCUGGAUCCAGAGGUGAGCGCUGCCCUCCGGAGCCGGGAGCUGGCUCCACCUAACCUGGACUUGGACUUGUACCGGGAGCCCCGGCUCUUCUGA